AUGGCUUCGGAAGAUGUGAAGAGCGGUGAAUCUGCAGUCACAAAGAUCGUUACUUUGGCCGAGGAAGCUAAGCUCGCUAGUCGUGAAGGCGUCGUCACUGCCGCCGCUGCUCCUUCCUACGCCUUCACCAUCAUCUGCAAGUUCCUUCUCGCCAGUGGAGUUGCCGAAGGAGUUUUUGUGGAUUGGUUUUUAUGGUUUGAGGUUGUGGAUUAUGAUGCUGGUUCUGCUGCUACUUCAAGAGAAGGUUAUGACAGUUUGUACAAAGUCAUUGAUUCAACAUUUUGGAGAAAGUUAGUUUCUUUCUGCAAUGAUCAUGCUAUUCAGAUACCUGAUAUGGGUGCCUCUUUUAGUGACAUAAUUCGGUCUCGUUGUAAAAAGGAUGUUGUCACUGUUGAACACCACUACCGUGUUGACAUUUUUACUAGCGUGAUAGAUUUUCAAUUGAAAGAGCUAAAUAGUAGAUUUAGUGAGCAAGCAAUUGAGCUCCUCAUAUUGAGUACAUCGUUGGAUCCUAAAUAUGCUUUCAAGUUAUUCAGUGUUUGCAACAUAUGCAAUCUUGCAAAGAAUUUCUAUUUUUUAGAUUUUUCUGAGUAA